UCAGAUUAACCGCAACUGGAAGAGGUGUUCCUCCUGACCAUAACGACGGCGAUGAAGAUGAUGAUGACAACGACGUCACAUUCUUGAGCACGUGCUCCAGUCAGUGCCUUAUAAACGUCACUGUCACAACUGUGUGUGUAUCCGCGGGCUGCACGCUCGUUUUACCUCCUGGCUGCAAGUCGCUCCAAGCCUGGGACUGGAAGUUUGAAAAAUACCUUUUUCUUUUUUUUUUAAAUAAGUGCCGAAGGAGGGACGCGUUAGUGUUCGGCCAUUCGCUCGCUUUCUCUCCCUCGCUCUCUCUAUCCUAGGAAUAAAGUGAAGCGCGUGCCCGCGGCGGUACUGCGCGUUCUCUAAACCCCUAGUUAUAAUCGCUGGUUCCGGGAGCUCUUUUCCGACACCGUUUUUGCCGAACGGGGCGAUGUGGGUUCGCAUGAACCUCAGUCCUGGACUCGUGACUUGAGAGAAGGCUGAGAAACUGGAACUUUUUUUGCAGUUUAGUGGGGGGAGAAAGGCGUUUGCGGGCUCGCGGCGUCGAUGCGGUGGAGGCGCGCGCGCUGGAUCCCCCUCAGGCUGCGCGUGCGUUUCUUGCUGAAGCCCUAAAGGUCUCCAUCCCUCCGGGUUAUUAAAAAAAGCGACUCGAGUCGGUUGACAUCUGACAGAAACGCGCAGCUCAUUGCAUGCAUUGCUCCUUUUGAAAUACGUUUCUAAUAUAUUUAUGUAUGUCGAUGGUUAUAUUUAAUGAACAUAUUUUUUAUGAAAUGUCGCUUGAGUGGAACUGAGAUCGCUCCUGCUCAGAUGGAAUAACGGAGCUCAUCUCAUCUGACAGCUCGUUCGCGGUUUCCCAGCUCAGCUUGAUUCACGCGGGAUACAUUAUGUUCAAUCGCAGUCAUUUCAGCAUUUCUUCCAGAAUAUGACGCCGAGUACAGAAAUGCCGCUGGUGAAUCGAGACUGUGCACAAAAGAGUUUUUAAAGAACGACGCGAAUAUAAAAGUCCGCUUAGUACAUUUCGUAUGCUGCUGCUGGAGCAGUACUUUUGAGCGUAGCUUCUCUAUGCACACUUUUUGCGCUCAGCGAUCGCAGCAGGUAUUUUUAUUACUUCGUCGGGACGGUGUAGACACCAGAUACGAGAUACCCCACUAGUCGGUGUAAAGAUGAUGAACUGCUACUUCGUGAGUCUCUUCCUCACCCUGGAUCUGCUCGCCUCGGCCGCGGGUCUCUCGACCUGCAGCACGCUCGACAUGGAGCAGUUCAUGAAGAAGCGCAUCGAGGCGAUCCGCGGUCAGAUCCUCAGCAAGCUCAAGCUGUCCAGCCCACCGGAGCAGUACCCGGAGCCCGGGGACGUGUCGCCCGAGAUCGUGGCCAUCUACAACAGCACGCGCGACCUGCUGCAGGAGAAGGCGAAGGAGCGCGCGGCGACGUGCGAGCGCCAGCGCAGCGACGAGGAGUACUACGCCAAGGAGGUGCACAAAAUCGACAUGCAGCCCUUCUUUCAGUCCGAAAAUGUCAUUCCACCAACGCACUACAACCCCUACUUCAGACACCUGACUUUCGAUGUGUCUUCCAUGGAGAAGAACGCCUCCAACUUGGUGAAGGCAGAGCUCCGUGUCUUCCGUUUGCAGAACCCUAAGGCCCGUGUGCCGGAGCAGCGCAUCGAGUUGUACCAGAUUCUGGUCCACAAAGACCUGACAUCACCAACCCAGCGCUACAUCGACAGCAAGGUGGUGCAGACACGCACGAAGGGGGAGUGGCUUUCCUUUGAUGUGACAGAAGCUGUCAGCGAAUGGCUGCUCCACAGAGACAGAAACAGUGGAUUCAAGAUCAGCUUACACUGUCCCUGCUGCACCUUUAUCCCAUCAAAUAACUUAAUUAUCCCCAACAAGAGCGAGGAGCUAGAAGCCAGGUUUGCAGGCAUUGACGACACCUUCCAGCACAGUGAGGACCAGAAGAGGCGGCGUCACGCAGGGCUGACCCCCCACCUGCUGCUGAUGCUGCUGCCCUCCUACCGCCUUGAGUCACAGCACAAAAAUCAUCGGCAGAAGCGUGCUCUAGAUGCAGCCUUCUGCUCCAGGAACGUUCAGGACAACUGCUGCUUGCACUCGCUCUACAUCGACUUCAAGAGGGAUCUGGGCUGGAGGUGGAUCCAUGAACCCAAAGGUUACAAUGCCAACUUCUGUGCUGGGGCAUGUCCAUACCUGUGGAGCGCUGACACACAGCACAGCAAGGUCCUGGGUCUGUACAACACCAUCAACCCAGAAGCAUCAGCUUCACCCUGCUGUGUGUCCCAGGACCUGGAGCCCCUCACCAUCCUGUACUACAUUGGCAAGAACCCCAAGAUCGAGCAGCUCUCCAACAUGAUCGUCAAGUCCUGCAAGUGCAGCUAGAGACUCUCACUCUCUUGGAGUGUGCACCCCAAAAUCCUUUAUACACGCAUUCACCCAGUGGUGUGCAAGAGGGCAACAGCGGAUGUAAAGCACUAAUUUGGAAACCGUUUUUCAAAAGCGCACCCGCAUGCAGAGGUGUUUGCCCUUUAGGUCUAAACGUGGGAGACCCUGUCAGGACACCUCGCCUCAUACACCCAUCCAACACAAGGAGCUGGAGAUCAAUAAACACUGGAAGAGUAUUUAAGUGUUAAUAUGUGAAUUUAUUAGAACAAUGAUAGAUCAGCAAGUGCUAAGUCCAUAUCAAGCAGUUUUUAGUUUUACCAUUUUGCUUUGGGAAUAUUAUAUUUUAAUUUGGGUUUAUUUUUAAUAUUAACGGUAUUUCAUAUUCAGUAUGAUUUGAGUUGUUUUCUCUUGUCUCAUAGUGGUUUGUACAGCAUUACCAUCUCUGCCGUGGUAGUUCUAUCAUAAAACCAGCAAAAUAAUGAAUUGCGGAACAAGAAAGGUUGGUUAUUCCUUUUGUACAGGCAAGGGGUCUGCAACAUUGAAAGGAGACAUUUAAAUGUAGUUUUACCUGGACACAUGCGCAUACAGUAACAUACACACAGGAAGACACAACCACAUAAAGAAUACAUCUAUGUACAAGGGCACACACUCACACAUGAGAAAACUCUGAUAUACAUAGUCACACAGAAAAAGGAUGCAGCCACAUAUAGGGAUGGACACCAGUAGAGUGGGACACAUAAACAUUUAUAGAGUAAACAUCCAUGCAGGCACAUCAGCAGGCAUGGAAAUGUGCUUGUAUCAGAGGAAAUACUCCAUCCCACAGCACAUGAGGAACAGGUCCCCACAGAGUAAUGCCUAAAAAAUAGUAUAUGCAGACUCAGUUUUAUUUCCUGAGACAUACUCUUAAAAGAGCACACAGCCAUACAGGAGGACAUCUGGCCAAACACACAUCUGUUAUACACUUGUAGUGCAGUUUAUUGACCUGUCCAUAACAUGAGCACCGCACAAGGAGCACGCUACAGUGGUUCAUGUAUUUGUGACCUGUGACCUGUGCCUAGAAAGGGUCUUUAACAAUUUGUUUGUGAAGCUUUAUUAAGCUUAUUAAGCUUAUUAUUAUUGUUUUGCGUAAGCUGAGUGGUCUAUAAAUUAUUGAAAGCUGUGGAUUCUGGAGUCUUAAAGUGUCUGAUUUAGGCUGAGGUCCAAUGAGAUUGUCUCAAGGUUAACCUGAAUCUCUAUGUUUAGUCAAGAAAGGGCCUUGUGUGAAGAUAAGAGAACGGUUACUGUUCAUCAGCCAAAGUGAUCUGUAUUUUAUUUCAACUGUGUGUCAUGCCCAUCUCAUCAUCUUCUGGUCAUGCAACUCCUCUGUCCUUAUUAGGAAUAAAAUACUUUCCAUUGACAUAACUGCACUGAUUUUUUUUCCUCUAAUUUGUGACUAUUGUUUUGCCAACCAGUAAUUUCCCCUAUUGUAAAUGAUGUCCGUGUAACAUUUGUGGUGUUUAAAUGAUCAUAUUCCAACAGCUGCUCCAAGCAAAUAUUUAUCCUAGAGGCAGGGAACAUUGCAGUUUUUGUUGUUGGUGGUGUUGUCAAGUUUGUUGC